GUACAUAUUUGAUUUGUAGUUGUUUUUGCCUAUGUUUUUAGAGGUUUAGUUUUUUUCAAGCAAAAGAUGUCACAAUGAAGACAUAAGAGGUUUUUGCCUAUGAUUUUUUGAUGAAAGUUAUACACUAAAAAAUAGAAGUUCCUUGUUUAAUAUACUACGUUUUCCGCUUUUCAAAAAUAAAAGUUGUCUAUAUGUAUUGUAACGAUUAAACCAUUUUAUCAUUUUAAACUUUAAUACAAACUAAUGAUUUCAGAAAACAAAAUAGAGUUAGCUCAAACCAUUAAAACCGACUGAUCCAACCAACCAACUUAACUUUGACCAGUUCAGUCACUCGUUUCAAAAUCUAUAGCUAGUUUUCAUCAAAAUCCAUAGAACCGAAUCAUGAACACCCUUGUUUUCAUAACUAACAGAAAGUCAAAAUCAAGAAUUUUCAAACUUUUCAAUUUUUUUUUUCUGAUUAUUCAAAAAAAAAAGUACAAAAAUGCUUCACAAAUGUCAACAGACUCAAACCCUCUCUCCAAAAACCAAAGAUGGCGGUUUUUCACACCCUAUCUUCCACCGGACUCGUAACUUCUCUAGCUCCCACCACGGCCAAAACCCUAAAUUUCGCCACCACCGUACCAACCUCCGGCUGCUUUAUCAGACAUUCUCCGUCAAAACCCUCACAAUUCUUCCGUCUUAGAGCAAUCCCACUUCAGAAAUACAUCUAUCCUGACCCAAUUCCAGACUUCGCCCUUCACGAGACGAAGAAGUUUCGGGAAGAACUCAAGAAGAAACUGUACGCGGAAAGAGAGAUGUUUGGAGAUGAUCUUGAUAGAGUUCUUGAUACUUGUACGGAGUUAUUCAGUGAGUUUCUACACAAUGAAUAUGGAGGACCAGGAACAUUAUUGGUGGAGCCAUUCACUAACAUGUUAAUUGAACUCAAGCAAAAGAAGCUUCCCGGAGCCAACUUGGCAGCCCGGGCAUCGCUAUUAUGGGCUCAAAAUUAUCUCGAUCGCGAUUGGGAUAUUUGGAACUCCAAAUCAUCCUAACAAUACUCAUGCUAAGAUUCAUACUUCUUGUUUACACAUAUUUAUGACAUUAGUCCAUUAUAGAAAACAAAAAGGAGGCAACUUUCGACUCCAGACUUAACACAUAUUCCUUCAAAAUU